CGCACCUAUCAUAUUACACCGUCUGUCAUGAUGUCAGCAGCCUAAAAAAUCCAUCCAAAUCUAGUCUUCUCCCCACCAAAAAACGCGUUCGUCAACCUUGCAUCUUUAGCUUGAAUUCCAUCAGGCGAAAAACCACGACACAACACCUCUCCAUUAUAUCAACUUGGAUAUCGUCUAAAAUACGCAAUGUGAUAUCUUUACGCUUAUUUCGUUCCGACAAUCGAUAACUCGCGAUGGAAACGGAAUCCAAACCGUCCGAUAUGGGGACUCCCUUGUCUUCCACAUUAUCUAGCCUCAGUGACAGCGACAGUGACGCUGAAGUUUUGAAGACUGCUGGCCCCAAUACCGACACCGAUAGCCAGAAAAACAACGAAGACACAGUAGAAUGGCUUGCUACAACUCGAAAGCGCCGUUCGACCGCCGGCAAUCGAAUGAAGUCGAUGCUCGCCAACGAGGAACCCGAUUCCGAUCUCGAACUGCUUUUCGCUGAAGAUGAGAACGACCAGGGUUUCUCUGAUGCUGAAGAGAACGGUUCGGAUGUCCAGAUGGACUCUUCAGACGAUGAAGACGAGAACGAUAAUAAUGAUGAUGACCUCGAGGGCGAGAAGGAAUUGGAAAAGCAGGCCAAGGAACGUCGCGCUGCUCAGCGCAAGCGAAAGGCGCAAGAAGCCAUCCCUGCCAAAUUCCGCAAGAAAGUCCGUAUCGAUCCUACGACGAGAACGCCUGCACCUGCGAAGCCUGCGCCACGACCUAAGAAGAAAUCUGAGCGCACUUCGUGGCUGCCGUCUGCCGCGGACCUACCGACACGAGCCUCUUCCCGCCAAACGACUCGACUCUCCAAGGAGCAAUUACAUCAACAAAUGGUGGAGCGAGAGGCGCGCCGGAUAAAACAGUUGGCUCAAAUGCAGAAGAAAGCUGCCAAGUUGGAGGCGAUGAAGAAACCACCGAUGACUCAGGAGGAGCGAUUACGAGAGGCAGCUAUUGUUGAGAAGCGCAAUAGCAAGAGUUUGAAUCGCUGGGAGGAGGCUGAGAAACAGCGUGAGGAAGAACGUCGAGCGAAAUUGGCGGCACUUCAUAACAGAACGUUGAAGGGGCCUGUUAUUACAUUUUGGAGUGGCAUUGGUGAAUGGAUGGGAAGGCAUAUGGUGAUUGAGGAGCCUGCCAAGGAGAAGAGGAAGAGAGGCGAGAAGGCAAAGGGUAAGGAUAAAGACAAGGAGAAAGCUGGUCCAACAGAGGACAAGAAGGAGGACGGUCAAAAUGGCACGCCAGCUGCCAAUGGCGAGAUUGCCAACGCCAAAGAGGGAUCGCAACCUUCACAAGACAAACCACCAAGCACAGCGUCAGCAGAGCCUGUAGCAGCCUCCGAUUCUAAAGACACGAAACCCGCUACUCCUACUAAACCUGUUGAAGAUAUCACGAAACCCACAGAUGCACCUUCAACUUCAGAGACUAGCGGUGCUCCUCCAGCGGUUCCCAAGACUGAAGACAUCCCUCCUCCGAUGACUAUGCCACCACCACCUCAACCGCCGCCUACACCUCCAAGCAACCUGGCUGCUCCAGCUCCUCCAGCAUCGACCUUCGUGCCAGCUCCAAGCCCUCCUCGAGCUCAGGAUCCUCCACCAAGUGGUCUCGCUGCACCACCCCCGCCUCCACCUACGCCCGCUGGGUCAGCAUCAACGACAAAUUCCUUCGUGGCUCCUCCGUCAGGACUAUCUCGUCCACCAGAUUCUAAACCAUCUGGCGUUCUAGCAGCGCCUAUACUUGCUCCUCCUCCAGGUAUUGGUAUCAACGGAAAUGCACCCCCUAUGAUGGGCUACGGCAAUCCCAAAUCCAAUGUCCUGGCACCACCAAAUACGUCUCAAGGGGCCAUGCCUCCUACACUCACUGCAACUGCUCCUCUUCAUAACACUCCGUCAACUAUCUCACCCCCUCCAUCAAAACCUUCAACAGGAGUUACACCCAUAUCUUCUACAACAAAUAUUCAACCCAAAACUAUCACGCCCGCUCUCCCUACCAAAUCUACCAGUCCCGACACUCCCGCUGUAACCCAAGCCUCCGACUCUCAAACUCAACCUCCUCAGCCUUCAACCGGAGCCCGCAAUGCCAUUGUCUUCCAAAACUUUGACGACAACGCCCUCAAGGAUCGUAGCAUUCAGACGCAGAUCAUCUUUGGCCGCAAGAUGAAUAAGCUUUCCAAACCUUCUCCUGCGCCUCUUUGCGUAAUCACAAAUCAUCCCGCUCGGUAUCGGGAUCCGCGUACCGGUCUUCCUUAUUACAAUGCCUAUGCGUAUCGGGAGAUCCAACGCCUUACCCGAGGCGAGUACCGAUGGAGCCAUAUCCUUGGUGCUUGGGUCGGUAGCGGAACAUAUGCUGCACGAGGCGUCCCCGAACGCUUCCUGAACCCUGACAAGAAGGGGCCUGAGAAAAAAUCUACACCUGACGAGGGCAUUAAGGGCAAAGAUGCUGUCCAGGCCCCGGAUCAAGCCCAGGACCCCCAAACAAAUACCCCUGAUGUUCCGUCGGGUAUCCCGACUACUGGGCACAAGAUGACUGGGGUUGGGCAAGGGGCUUCCGCACCACCAAACUCUGAGCCUAAUCAGACGAUACAACCCAAGAUGGCGCCACCGGCAGUCACUCAGCCUACGAAGACUACGAAUACAACGGCCGCAACACCAGUAGCGCCAAAUACUACUCCUGCUUCUGAGCCAAAAGCUCAAGCUCCAACAAACCCUCAAUCAACUACCGCAGGAAAUCCCCCAGCACCACUUCAGACAGCUCAAUAGUAUUCGAGACGAAUUGCAUAGAUCACUGUAUAUAGUACUUCUACUGGAUAGAUACAGGGCUGUUGAAUCACAGGAAUUGGCAUGAUAACACGACAGCAACUACAAUAUGUACCACUAUGUAUGAACACAACAUUUUGACAGCACAAAAGCACGGCUGAGAUUAUUCAUCGUUUGACGCGUUAACAGAAGUGUAUAACUGGUAAAACCAGUGUUGUAGGUUGUUUAUAAUUGUGUCUUAUCUCAUCUAUCAAGAUUGUGCCACUUGCCGAUCGCUAUGUCAUCUACAUACACAUGCAGAUGAGAGCAAAUCAGUCCAAACCCUAAUCCUCCCCUUAGGUCCAAGAUUCGUGUUUCGAUAACUGCCGUGUCGUCCGUCUCAUGAACCAUACCACCAUUCCCUCACAUACUCCUUUAGAAUUCCAUUGUUACACGGCCGUCUAUUUCGAUUCGCCCAGAUCCUUUUCUUAUUACCCCUCGGGGAUUGUUGUAUGGUUGACAUCUCGUUGAGCUGCCUAUGCUUGCGCCAUCCCCUCUUGUUCCUUCUAAAACGCCAAAUGCAAAUCCCGCUGUGUUAUGUUCAUCAAAUGUUGAACCCAAAUUUUUUGAAAACCAGUAUUAAACGCCGUCGAAACAAUGUUGAUCAUAGAGUGUGGUAGGCGUUGAAGCCCAGAAUUAAGUUGUAUCGUAUCAGAUAGUAUGUGAGUAUGUUGUAGCUGACUAGUUGGCCUUGGAGCCAAUAACGUCAACCAUCCAGCCCAGCUCGGCCGCAAAGUCAUCCAGGCCGGUAUCGAUAGGCGCACCGAGGAAGUUCCCGCUGUCGCCGCGAGAAAGAAGCGAUGGAGAGUUGACCUUGGCAUAGGCUGACUGGGACUCGACAAUUUUCCGUCCUUGUUCCUGAGACUCCGGGAGACUGUAGCACUCGAAGGAGUCGGUGGUAGGGGCCAUGCCGGGAACAGGCUGAAAUGCGAGGAUGUCACUGUUGCUACUUGACAGAACGUCGUCCUCGUCAUCGGUAAGAUCAAAGAAGUUGGUUCCUUCAUCUUCGGGAAAGUUUGGUGUGGCUGGCGACAAGAAGAAGCUCGUAGCAGGGUUGAUUCGAGGGUUAGGGGCCCGAACAGUCUCCAGCCUAGGUCGUGAGGGAAGCACAGCCGAUGCGGGCACACCGCUGACCUCUAAUAAGUCCUUCCUAGAUGGUUUUGAAGGAAUCAGAGGCAGCGAGCUUAAAUUAGCGGCAUCGCUCCUAACUGACUCGGAGGAAAUAGUUCGCUUAAAGGGAGGGGGUGAGAGACGAGUGACGUAGGGCUGUCCAUCAGAUGCUGCUGAAGUAGCAAAGUUAUCGUCGUCAUCGUUCUCGUUGUCCUCUACAACCUCUUCAGGGAUGACUAGAGAUGGCCUUUCACUGAGGUUAGAACCAGGGCGAGGAGGAAAAUCAUCAGAUAGGAAGCGUCGAAGAGAUUCAGGUGAGAUAUCUCUUGUUCGAGUGCCCUCUGAUGGCGUCGUGCAACGGUCAUCGAUAUCCUCGGCGGUACCAGACAAGUCGUUGCGGAUGGGAGAUCGCCCACGCUCGCCUUCAGAGUUCACCUUGCGACCGAACAAGCGCUUCCAUGCCGCCGGGGCAGGUGAUAAUGAUCGGGACGAAGACUUGUGAUUUAGUGAUGGAGAUGAGCCAACCCGGUAGGGGAUGUGGUUGGCUGGUACUGAAGGUGCAGGUCGAGGUGUGAUGUACUUGGAUUCGGGAUUCAUGGUCUUGAGAUCGGUAGCACGCAUAGAGGUGAGAGAAGCACUUCGCUGCCUGAGAGCCUGCUCGACAGGAACGAUUAAAGUAUUGACAGUUUGGCCAGGCAGGUAUGGGCAUGCUGUGGUUGAAGGGAGGCUAGGGUCGUGUGUCUCGACCGAGCCAUCUAGCUCAUACUGAAAACCCAUUGUUAAUACAAAUGAAUGACUGGAUUAAGUAGUAAAUAAUGAAUGAAUGAGUGAAUGAAGAAUUGAAAUAAGUGAGAGAGGCGAUGUUGAUUAAAUGUGUUUGGGUGGUUGGGUAAACGAGUGUUGAUGUAUGUAGUCGGGUUCACUAGUUUAAGGCAAGGGAGAGGAAUGGGUUUGUUAUGAGGUGAUAUGCAAUGCAAUGCAAUAAGAUGGCAUAUACCGAAAUGGAUAGAACAACAUACGUAGUAAUAAUAGGUAUGACCCAUCUUAAGACCACCGUGCCUCUUGUUGGGAUACGAAGGUGCUGUGCCAGUACCUGAGCCUGAGCUUGAGCUUGUUCCAGCGCCUACGCCAGCGCACGUCGCAGAAGCCGAGACGGAAACGUCGUCACAGACAAUGUCACGAAAAGAAUAGCAACCUCUCCACUGAUCACGGCCCCGCCGGAUGUCUCGUUGCAUGGGGUGAGAUUGGCUGAAAUUGUCCCACGACCCAAUAAGCUGCACGGACUGUGUCGAAGGGGGAGUUUGACUGGGGGAUGCUUGUCAGCGGCCGUCGUUAAAAGCCAUUGGGUGACGGCAUGGAAGGGGAAUAGAAGCAAAGAAAAAGGGCAGGGAAAUUGCACCAAACUGCAGUACAUUACAGCCAGCCACACGCCUUGGGGCCAAGGGGUAACAGCUGAGAAACAAACUGGUACGAUAGGCUUAGACCGUAUGAAAUGAUAGAGCUGACAAUCGUGGGGAGACAAGGGAACCCUUGGAUCGAUCCCAAGGUAGCUGCAGAUAGAGACUUCCAUCUGCAAUCAAACCCAGCUGUUUCCCCAUUUUGAUGCAUACAGCAUAUUAGCAGUACCAAGCACUGCAGCUAGAGGCUGGCUAAGAAAGGUUCGACGCUGACUUCAGCUCCGACUUUUUACGCCCUCAAUACAAAAGAAAAACAUGCGACUCAAACAUUUUGUUUUUUUCCUAAACACGGCGUCCGUCUAUGUCUUGAGGCAAAGGCCGGGGGGGGGCUGGUCGGGGACAGAGCCAGAUUCAGAUGAUUUUCAUGCGAGGGUACAAAAAUAAGACAAUUGAAGCAUACCACGGCAAAUAAGACACUUCUAGGUAAUGAGUACCGAUCCGGGGUAGAGAAUGGAAUGACAGCGUUCGAUAAUUGAAACACAAAGGGAAUGCUGAGAGAUGAAGCUGACGCAGUGGGAGUGAAAGUGGUCCAAUUGCUGAAGAGAACGAUUUUUGUAAAGAUGGAUUGGAUAUAACGAACCGACUCAACGGUCCCGUAGAAGGCGAUCCGCAGAAGUAGUGGAUCAACAAUCGACCAGCGAGAGGCGAAGUAAGGGAGCAAACAAGCAAACAAACGGGAAGAAAAUAACAAAAGAAAGAAGAAAUGGUCCGAACUCACAACAAGAAAGUGAAGAGAGUCGUUGAUGGAUCCAUGACAGGCGACGGGUGACAGGACCUCACUACAGUUAAUAUGUAGGCACCCGUUACCACAGGUCGCCGUGGGGAUUAAUGAUGAGAUUGGUACUAAUCUGGGAAACCAGUCAAGAUCCACGACAGCGCCUAUAGGCUUUGAUGCCGGUGACUCGGACAGGUCGAGAUUAAGCAAUAAUAGGAGGCUGAUGAAACACCAUGAGGUGUAGGUCGCAUGUUCAGACAGACGCGAAGUGGUGUUAGAGAAUCUAUACUGGCUGUGAAUGAUUGGAUGUGAGCCUCUCAAAUUACAGCGAAUUUGGUUGUGGGUGGUUGACAGCCAAUGACCUAACGAGGAGCCCUGAAAGGUGACGGGCAGUAAGCGCCGCAAUGGAGUCUUGGAACAACCCUCGACGAAUGUUGACGUGUACCAAGAACUGGGUAAGUAAGGUACGGAAUGCGGCACAGGACGGGCGCUUAAGCGCAGGGCGUCAAAGGCAGCGCAAAAGCGAGGCAAGACGAGGAUACUCGGCUAUGAGACGAAGCAAUGCAACAGUCGGGCACAGCGAAGUACAACAAAGGCAGGGCAAGGCGUAGACGAAGAGCCGAGGGCGGCUAGUGAAGCUGCUUGCCUGCUUGCCUGCUUGCUUGUUUGCUUGCGACGCUCGAGUAAAAGUCGUGACCUAGGAGUGGUCGAUGCAAAGGUGCGCGCGGACAGUUUGGAUAGUACGGUUCCACUAACAAGAGAAUACGGAUGGACGCAAGUGGUGAAUAGACGGACUCUCGCUAGUUUGCUUUUGGGUGGUCUCAGUCUCAGUCGCAGUCUUAGACGAGGAAUGAAUGGGGAAAAGUAAAAAAGGGAGCCCAAAGAUGCAGAAUGUUAGAUCGAAGAAGAAAAGAGGGUGAGAAUUUUGGAUGGAGAGGAGGAAUAUUGGAUUUGAGAUUGCGGAAAGAGCGGGAGAGACCCAAUUCUGACCAAGAUGGGGAAAUAAUGCUC